AUGAGUCUCCAUCCGCGCGCAACUGAACACCGCAAUUGGGGGUCCGACGGCGAGACCGACAAACUUCGACUGACAAGCCGAGCCGCGGGCACAAAGGGCGGCGGCGGCUUUUCGAAGAUGGUGGUUCAAACUGAAACCGGUGGUUGGCUGGUAACGGCCGCAUCGAGAAAAGGGCACGAACGGGCAAACGCAGCCAGUGGCAGGUCGCUCAAGGCCAUCGCCGGCGGGCGGGAAGGAAGGGGUUUCUGGUUACCACCUGAGCAAGGAAUCCUGAGCACAGCACCAAGCAGCACCAUAGUCUCGGUAUUUGGUGCAAGGAUGGAGGGAGCAAGCAGGGAAAGACAAGAGAAAGCACAGGACACCAAGAGGCUCUCGCCUCAACAUGAGCCAACCGCCGCAGCCCCAGGAGGCCAGAGACACUGGGAACAGCUAGGGGGGCCCCAGGGCAAAAUCUGGCAACCGAGAGGCGAGGCCGUCAAUGAGGGACAGGACGACGGCGGCUGUUCGGUUCCAGAGUUCAGACUCUACAGCCUCAGUAAGGAAACGUGGCGGUGGUUGGGCGUCGCACACCACAACUUGCGCCUCAGCCCAGCGGCGUUGAGAACUUGA